GAAGCGAUGGACGUGAGCGGUCCUUUCAACUGUCCCAUCUGCCUAGAGCGACUUCGGGAGCCCGUGACGCUGCCCUGCGGCCACAACUUCUGCCUCUCCUGUCUGGAAGCCCUCUGGCCGCACCGUGGGCCGGGGGGAACCGGGGGCCCUGGGAGCACUGCCCGCUGCCCCCUGUGCCAAGAGCCCUUCCCCGACGGGCUGCAGCUACGUAAGAAUCACACGCUGUGCGAACUGCUGCAGCUUCGCCAGUCUGGUCCGGGCCAGACUCCAGCUACUGCCCCGGCCCCAAAUCAAGCCCCAGCCCUGGAGCCCUCGGCCCCCUGCGCCCCAGAGACUUGGCCAGAGAGCGAGGAGCCAGUGCGCUGUGACGCGUGCCCCGAGGGCGCGGCCCUUCCCGCGGCGCGAUCCUGCCUCUCGUGUCUGGCCUCUUUCUGUACCGCCCACCUGAGGCCCCACGAGCGUAGCCCAGCCCUGCGUGGCCAUCGCCUGGUGCCCCCCUUGCGCCGGCUCGAGGAGAGCCUUUGUGCUCGACACCUGCGGCCCCUGGAGCGCUACUGCCGAACGGAGCGAGUUUGCGUGUGCGAUGUCUGUGCGGACCAGGAACAUCAUGGCCACGAGCUACUUUCCCUGGAGCAAGAACGGGCUCUCCAAGAGGCUGAGAGCCCCCAGGUCCUGAGUGCAGCGGAGGACCGCUUGGAUGAGCUGGGUGCUAGCAUUGCACAAUCUAGGAGGACUGUGGCCCUCAUAAAGAGCGCAGCACUGACAGAACGGGAGAAGGUGAGCCAAUUGUUCACUGAGGCAAUAGGUACCCUCCAGGGCUUCCAGUCCGAAGUGAUGGGCUUCAUUGCUGAAGGCGAGGCUGCCAUGCUAGGUCGGGCACAGGGAGAGUUGCGACAGCAGGAGGAGCAGAGAGCCCGGUUGAGCUCGGCCCGACAGAACCUGAAUCAGGGCCCUGAAAUCGACUCCAUUAGUUUUCUGCAGGAACUUCUGGCGCUGAAGUUGGCACUGGAGGAUGGGGGUGGCCCUGGAACAGGCCCCCCAAAAGAACUGAGUUUUACCAAAUCAUCCCAAGCCGUGAAAGCUGUUAGAGACCUCCUGACUUUGGCCUGUGCUAACCAGUGGGAGUUUCUACAGGGAAUGGGCAGGGAUACGGAGAACUCACCGAAGCUGGGUUUGGAAGCUGAUGCAGAAUCUCAAGAUCCUGACAGCACCAAUGGUCUAGAAAGUGAGGAGUCAAGGGACUACUUCCUUAAAUUUGCCUUCAUCGUAGACCUGGACAGUGACACCGCAGAUAAGUUCCUGCAGCUCUUUGGGACAAAGGGCGUGAAGAGGGUUCUGUGCCCCAUCAGCUACCCAGAGUCUCCCAUGCGCUUCACCCACUGUGAACAAUUCCAGGCCAUGUUCCUAGAGCUCUUCACCUGUGACCUCUGUUUGGAGCCUUCACAUGACAUCCAGUCACGAAGCAAGGUGGGAUGA